UAAUAGCACUCACUCACUCGGUCAGCUCUGACUGUCUCUCUCUCUCUCUCUCUCUCUUCGUCGCCAUCGCAGGUACAAGGCUCCCGCAGCUCGGCCGCUCUUCUCCGAUCGCGGGGCUUAGGGUUUUCUCCGCUCCGUUCUCCGCCGCGGCUCCGGCUGGCUUUUGGAUGAAAUUGAGGCAUGCUUUGGAGGAGAAGGGGUACUCCUGAGUAGGAAAUAAUUUGUGGUGGCAAGGUGGCCUGUGGCUCUACGAAACACAGCUUCCCAGUUUGCAACAACAGUGCCUAAAUAUACGGAUUACCACCAGCAGGUACUGUUGACUGAUGUAGCUUGUUUUACCGUUGGAACCACUGUUUGGCAUGAGCUGCAGUGUUUGCGUGGGCCAUCAUCAUCCCCUUGCGAAAUGGGAAUGGAAGAAACAGUGGAAGGUGCAAAUUCGAAAGUAAUAAUCUCAAGGACAGGGUUUGCAAAUUUGCAUCAUAUCUGUUUUUAUAUAUAGAGUUACCCGUAUAUGGAGCCUCCAGCCUCUGAAGCUAUUUAAAGUAGGUUGAUUGACCCAAUUUGACUUGGGGCUGGGCUGCUGGAGUAUUCUUUAAACCUGAGUCUGACAUGGAUGAUGGUGGGCAUCGCGAAAAUGGAAGACACAAAACAGAUCAGUAUAAAAGUGCUCAGAGCCAGUGGUUGAUGCAACAUCAGCCUUCAAUGAAGCAGAUAAUGGGUAUUAUGGCCGAGAGAGAUGCAGCUCUUCAAGAAAGAAAUUUAGCCCUUUCUGAGAAAAAGGCAGCAAUUGCAGAGCGGGACAUAGCAUUUCAUCAAAGAGAUAUUGCUAUUGCUGAAAGAAAUAAUGCUAUCCUAGAACGAGACAACGCCAUUGCAACUCUUCAGUAUCGAGAAAGCUCCUUGACUAGUGGUAACAUUUCCUCAUGUCCCCCAGGAUGUCAGAUUUCUCGAGGCGUGAAGCACAUGCACCAUCCACAGCAGCAAGUGCAUCACGUAUCCAGCAUGGGUGAAGCUGCUUACGGCACCAGAGAUAUGCACACAAGUGAUGCCCUGCCGAUAUCCCCAGUUGCAUCUGAGGCAACAAGAUCACGGCAGACGAAACGGACAAAAGAGGCCAAGGCAAUGGCAAAUAGUAAGAAAGCUCCAAAAACUCCUAAGAAGGUUAAGAGGGAAACCGAUGACCUGAAUAAGCUCUUGAACGGAGAUGAUGGUUAUAACAAGCCAUUUGGAGUGCCAAAGUCUGACUGGAAGGGUCAGGACCUUGGGCUGAACCAGGUAGCUUUUGAUGAUUCAACUAUGCCUUCCCCUGUAUGCUCAUGCACUGGACUUGCAAGGCAAUGCUAUAAAUGGGGCAAUGGGGGUUGGCAAUCUUCGUGUUGCACGACCACCAUCUCUAUGUAUCCCCUGCCGGCUGUGCCAAACAAGCGCCAUGCUCGAGUUGGUGGCCGGAAAAUGAGUGGAAGUGCUUUUGGCAAGCUGCUGAGCCGCCUUGCAGCAGAAGGCUAUGACCUCUCAAGUCCAGUGGAUCUAAAGGACCACUGGGCCAAGCAUGGAACGAACCGUUACAUCACAAUCAAGUAGCUGUUAGUGAAGUCUCCAAUUUGCAGGAGGAAUAAAAUGGUGGCACAACUGGUGAAUAGGAGGUACAUUCCCUUGGUCUUUCUCGUAAAGAUAUGUGAGGAUUCAGUAAUUAGCGAUAGCCACUAGCGUGAAGCGCAACAAUGGUUAGACGACGAACAGAUAGGAGAUAGUUUGUGUAACAUGUUAGACGGAGUCUUUGUGGGGGCACUUUAUGAUUGUAAAAGUUUCUCUUCACCUCUCUUACCCUUCAUGAAACGGGAUCCUUGUUAUGAUGCCUGAAGAGGUGGGAUGUCCCCUUGCCCCCAAAUAUUUUUUAGGCAUGCAAAAAUUUGCUCUGUAGCCGCCUGGGCUGUAGCUGUAAAAUAACUGUAAAGAGUUGAAUCUUAUGGUUUUGCUGUAACUUUGGAGUAGAAGUGUUGGACUGCGUUCUGUCAAA